GUUGUAGGUCAGUAAUCAUUAUUGUAGAUAUAAACACAGUCCCUAUGCUGGUACUAGGGACUUUAGUUUUUUUAUGAUCUGUCACACAAAUUUGGGUUAUGAGUGAAUAAAUUCUCAAUCGUCAACUCAAAAUGUAUAAUAAAUUGAGUGCAAGUUAUCAGAAAAGACCCAUUUAUACCUUUGAGGAUGAACCCCCAGAAAAGAAAUUAGUGUCUGAUGGAGAUAUGUUAAUUAAACGAUUGUCUGAAAAACAACGAAACACCAAAGUAAAUUUACAGGAACAACUGACUGCAAAUAGUCAGUUUUAUAAAUCAACAGAAAUACUUUCAGUUACAAAUUACACAUCUGGUUCGCUGAGUUUACAAAAGUUCAACACUGCUGUCCAACACCUUAGUGAUGUAGAAAAACUUAAAUCAUGUGGAUUGUCAAAUGAAGAAAUUGAACUUUUGCACGACUUUCAAAGUGGAGAUGAAGUUGUUAAAAACAAGCAUAAAAAUUUGAACCAUUCGGUACUAAAAUUGAAACUGGAAGAAAUAUACAGCAAAAUAAGAGAGUCACGCUGCCAAGACACAAAGGAAGUUGUUAAGAGAAAUCGCCUCACAACUGAGACAACUUUAGCCACAAAACCUUCGAGUGUUGAGACAAAAUUGUUAAAGUUUGCUUUAGAAAAUGAACAAAAGGAUCUUCUUCCAGGACCUAUGGAUCUAAUCACAGGUGUAGAAGAAGAAUUAAUGAAAAAUUUGGCGCCUGUUGAUGUUAAAAAAAUCAGAAAGAAAGCUAGAAGUUUAGCAAAGCAGAUUGAUGAUAUUGGCAACCCUACAUUAAAAGAACCUAUCAUUAAAGAACCUCGAGCAGAUGGUGCUGCUUUUUGUAGAAAAACAAAGUGGGACUUGAAGGAAUGUAAAGUAGAAAAUAAUAAGGCAACAGAAAGUAAAGUGUUCACUUGCAAACCACAAAAUUACUAUACAAUACGAGAUGGAGUAAUAUUGAAGAUAAAUAAUGCACCUGAGUCAGAUAACAACAGUACAAAGCAACAAAAAAAAUUGUCUGUGGAGGAAAUUAAGAAAAUACCAAAAUUUGAAAAUUAUGAAAAAGGAAUUUCGUCAAAAAUUCUCUUUGUGAAGAAUUUAGCAGGUGGGGUUCAAGGAAGUGACUUGGAAAAUCUUUUUUGUGAUGUUGGAAAAUACGUGAUGUCGAUAAAUGUCAUGAAAGGGAAAAUGCGAGGUCAGGCUUUUAUAGAAUUUACAGACGAGAAGACUGCGGAAGUGGCGUUGAAUCAAUUCAAUGGAACACUUUUGAAAAAUAAACCGAUGAUAAUUCAAUUCGGAAGACGAAAAAAUUCGUGAAAGGAAAAAAAUUAAAGGCAACGUGUACCGACUCAAAUUACCGUGUAAA